CAGCCCAAAUCUACCGAAAGUCGUGCGAAUGCAGUCAAGAUUUUGUUUCCUUAUCUUCUCCGUCUCUCUCCUCCUUCUCUCCCUCGUCGGCUCCGGCGUCGGCGAUGUGGCUAUUCCCGGAGGAUGGGAGCCGAUUAAGGAUCUGAAUGACGCACACGUGAAGGAGAUCGCUGAGUUUGCGGUGUCAGAGUACAACAAGCAGUCGAAUACGACUCUGAAACUGAACCGGAUCGUCAAGGGAGAACAACAGGUGGUUGAGGGAAUGAAAUACCGGCUGACUUUGAACGCGAGUGAUGGCGCAGAGACCAAGAGUUACGAGGCCACCGUUUGGGAGAGGCUUUCGCCGGAAUCCAGGCAACUCAUCUCAUUUAAGCCUGCUAGUUAGGGUUACUUAUGUAAUGUAUGAAUCUCUGUCAAAAAGAAAAAUAAUGUAUGAAUAAGAGGACUAAUCUAGAAUAAAAGAAUCGUUUGAUACAAUUAUAAGUAUUAUGUAGUUUUAAAAGAAAAAUAAUGUAUGAAUAUGAGGAAUGAUCUAGAAUAAAAGAAUCGUUUGAUU